GAGGUGGAUUCGUUCCCUUAAAAUCCCAUAUCAUUCCUGUCCUUCGUUUUCGCCAUUUAGUCUUUAUUCCAUCUCUUCCUUCUCCCAUCCCCUUUCUGUCGCUGAUUUCUUUCAUUCACUUCUUUCAUUAAGACCGGUUUCCUCCCAGCUUCGUCUCGGUUCUUUUCCCUGCACCUUGUAUAUCGUACAUCCGUGGAAUUCGUCAUUCGCUGGGAAAGUUGAUAAUGCGUUUGUCGACUCUCCUUCCUCUCGCCCUGGCGGCCGUACCCGCUGUCUCUGCGGCCGGCAAGCUUGGCUUUGCUCUCGGUGUUAAGAAUGCCGAUGGUUCCUGCAAAUCCCAGGCAGACUUUGAGAAGGAUUUCGAUGUUUUGAAGGCCCACUCAAAUAUCGUCCGGACAUACGCCGCGGCCGAUUGCAACAAUGCUGAGGCCAUUGUUCCAGCUGCUAAGAAGAAGGGAUUUAAUCUUGUCUUGGGUGUCUGGCCUGAUGUCCCGGAGUCCUUCGACGCAGACACCAAAGCUUUGCAGAAAGUAAUCCCAGGAAAUGAAGAUGUGAUCACCGCUAUAACCGUCGGCUCUGAGACUUUGUACCGUGGCAACUUCACCGGCCAAGAGCUUUUGCAGAAGAUCAACCAGGUUCAGAAGAUGUUCCCCAAGGUUAAGGUCGGCACUGCAGACAGUUGGAACAAGUAUGCCGAUGGUACUGCUGAUCCAAUCAUCGCGGGUGGUGUCAAGUAUCUACUCGUCAACGCUUUCGCAUUCUGGCAAGGACAGGACAUUUCCAAUGCCACCGACACAUACAUCGAUGACAUGAUGCAGGCCAUGGUUCACAUCCAGAAAGUCGCUGGAGCGAAUGCUAAGCAAAUUCACAUUGCUACUGGAGAGACCGGUUGGCCAAGUGACGGUGGAAGCGACUUCGGUGCUGCCAAAGCUGGAACUAAAAAUGCUAAGACCUUCUUUGAGAAAGGCGUGUGUGCAAUGCUUUCCUGGGGCGUCGACGUCUUCUACUUCGAGGCUUUCGAUGAGCCAUGGAAGCCAAAGAGCAUUGGCGACAAUGGCAAGGCUGCUGACGAGACUCACUGGGGCUUGUACACCGCUGAUCGCCGGUCCAAGUACACGCCUGUGUGCAAACAUAUUCGAUCUUGAUAUAACCACCACCUGAGGCUGCUGUGCUGGUCUCCGAGAAAAUGGAUGGGUCUAACAGUUUGGGAACGACCCGAUGCCUAAGGGCUUUCGCAUGGUUGAGGCCGCUCCUUAAUUUUGUUUUCGCGAUCAUCUAAGGUAGGCGAUAGAAAUAUGGCUAUUGCAGGCAAAGUUGGCGCAUUGUAGCUACUCUCUUUAGACUAAUUGAAAAUGCGAUUGUUUUAUCAAUG